CCGAAAAAGCCCCCAAGCCACCGACUUUCUCCCCUUGAAAAACCCGGUGAAGGCCUCUUGAAAUUUCCCUCCUUUCUUGCUCAAAAACCAAGUUGCAGGCCUAGAACACUCUCCUAAACCCAGAAAUUUUCCAGAUCUGCGCUGUCCUCUUCCCCUCUGUCCGCCGGCCUCUGCUGUGUGGGGUUGGGUUCGGUUUUCUGUCCGUAAGUUCCCCUGCAGCUUGCCACCGGCUUCUUCUUCUCCCUGCAGCUCCGGUUUUAGCUGGAAAAUUCUGGUUCCUGAUCGUUCUGUCAGUUAGCACCGUGAAUUGAGCCUUUGGUUUUAAGCGAGUGAGGUAAGUAACUUAUGGUAAUGCCUUGGAUGUAAGGUAAAGCUUUUUAAAAGCAUGUUUUGACUUGUUUUUGAAGUGGUGGCAGGAUUAAACCCGUUUUAUACAAAAGUAAGUAUGAUUGAUUUGAAAUGAAAUUUUUAUGCUUUUCAUUAAAUUGAGCAUGCCUACUUGAAAUUUGAUUGAUUGUCCUAAUGAUUUGAAAGUGAUUGGUAAAGAAUGAUUUUCUGUGAACUUCUGCCUGUUUUGUCUCCGAUAUGGUUAUGUUAUUGAUUGUAAUCCUGCUAGUGGGGGUUAAACGCUAGCACAUGUCGACAUGUUAUUGAUAGAACCGGUUCGUUCAAGUGUAGCCUGCCAUAGGGAAGUUUAAUACACUGGCCAUGACCUAUAGAGGAGACGUCUAUUUCGUGCCCGUACUUUUUUCCUUGUCCACCAUUUCAGGAAGGGAGACCGAGGACGAGGAAACCACGGGAAGUGACGAGUAAAAAGGCUAGCCACUUGAGAUUUGACAUAGAUUUUAGAUACAUGUACACCACGCUCUUGUAAGUUAGAUUUUAAGUGGAAAUUUUAUGGUAUCAAAACUGAUUUUGUUCAGUAAGUUCCGAGCCUUGUGCGUUUGUGGGACCCGUCUCACGAGUGCACGGCAUCUGUUGCGCCUCGGAUUUGGGUUCUGGGGCGUGACAGUUAUCUUCCAUGUUAACCUUUAUAAAAGCAUCUCAUAACA